AUGGAAGUCGUACAAAACAUGAGCAAUACUAUAAAAGGUUUCUUCGUGAAAACCAUGAGCGCAAUUAAAAAGAAAUUUCAGAAUCUCUGGCAAAAUACCAAAGAAGUAAUCGAGAAAAAGAAAAAAUCCAUAAAAAAAUCUUUAAUUAAUUUCGUAACGAAACUGUUGCAAGCUGAAACAGAAUCAAAAAAUAAAACUGUGUUGUUUUCUGAGACCCAACAUGAUACUGAAAAUAAUAUGCAAGGACCACAACUAAUAGCUUUUCAUGGAUACAAAGUUGAGUUGCAUACUCUUAUGACGUCAGAUGGAUAUUUGCUCACGGUACACAGACUGAGUCUAACGGGACAUAUACAAACGGAAAGUAAAGUUGUGAUAUUACAUCACGGUAUGCUCGGAAGUUCAGAUGAUUUCAUCCUUUUAGGAAAGUCAAGAUCUCUUCCGUACAUGCUGUCGGAAGCCGGAUAUGACGUUUGGCUCGCAAACGCUAGGGGAAAUAAGUAUUCGAAGAUGCACUCCGCUAAGCCGGCAGAUGCUCCUGACUUUUGGGAUUUUUCGUUUCACGAAAUCGGUUUAUACGACUUGUCAGCUUUGAUAAAUUACGUUUUACAAAUAAGGGAUAAAGUUGAAAUUUGUUUGAUCGGAUAUUCAAUGGGCGCUACUAGUGCUCUAGCGUUAUUAUCAACGGAUUCAAUUUACAAUGAAAUUCUCAAAUCAGUGAUUCUAAUUGCACCACUAGUUUUCAUGAGACAGGUAAAGGGUCCGCUUAAACAGUUCGCAGGCUUGACAAAUAACGAAGAUGAACUGAUUGAUAUACUUGAUCCAUACGAGAUAGCACCAUUCAAAAGACUAUCCCGAGAGUUAGUCGACAGAUUUUGUCCGGGCGAUGCGGAAUUAUGUGAAAAUCCACUACUUUUCCUCACUAACGGUGGCCAAGAAUUUUCCGACGAAAACAUUAAAGAGCUCGUCUUAAACCACGUACCGGCGGGUGGUUCUACCAAAACAAUACUUCAUUACAUCCAAUUAAUAAAAAGUGCCCGCUUUCAGAUGUACGAUCAUGGACCACAGUCGAAUUUAAAAAACUAUGGAACUAUCACGCCGCCUUUAUACAAUUUGAGGAAUGUGACAACACCGGUUUACCUUUUGCGACUAAAAUAUAUAAUUUUAGACGCUCAGAUUAAAAGAUACAACAAAAGCAUUGGACAAAUCUUCCCUAGUUACUAG